GUCCCCGCGCCUCCGCCGCAGAGCGCGCCACGCUCCGCACGCACCUGCCGACGCCGCACAGGCCCGAGCGCAGCCCUGCCCAGCCCCGUACCCCCAAGCCCCUCGCGGCCCCUUCCUCCUCCGAGGUCGCUGCGGCCCUGCCAGAGCUGCCGGCGCCGCUGCAGAAGCGCGGCCGCCGCAUCCAGGCCUGCCUUUCAGACAACCUCUGCGGCGGCGGUGGCGGCGGCGCGCGGCCAGGGACGCCAGGCUGGGGCAGCUCAGGCCCGGCGCAGGCCUCUCCGCUCCUGCCGACGCGCCUGCGGCCCAGGUUCUCAGGAGGCCGGGGAGCAGGCUAGCUGCCUUCCCUGGGCGCCCUGCCCUGGGGCCAUGGGGCCCACCUAGCCCCCGCCCGCCCGGAUGGCCGGGGCCGGGGGCUGCUGACCUCGGCCACAGGGGGAGCACCACCCACACCCCCUCGGCAGCCUCCGAAGCCCAGGACCCUGGGUGAGACCCCGGGUGAAGGCUCCAGCCCAGGGCAGCGGCCCCCACUCCCCUGCCCCAGCCUCCCACCCCUUCCACCACCCAUUCCUCCUCCUCCUCCCAGGACUGGACCUGAGGAGCCACUGUGGCCACUCGGGGGGUCCCUGCCCUCCCAGGUCUCACCGGCCACCCCCAGGAGUCCACGGAGUGGCCGGGGUCCUCCCAAGGCCUGGCGGGUCCAGGAUGCUGCCCCCUUGCCACCCCCACGUCCACCCGCAACACCCCCGCCCGCCCGAACAUCCAGUCUGACCACAGACAGCCGGAUGCCGGCUGAGACUGGGCCCGAGGUGGGCAGCGGCUGGCCUGGCCUCCUCAUGUCCUGCCUGAAGGGCCCCCAUGUCAUCCUCAAGAUGGAAGCCAUGAAGAUCGUGCACCCUGAGAAGUUUCCAGAGCUGCCGGCAGCACCCCCCUGCUUCACCCCUGCACCCCGGCCCACCCCUGCCCUGGCACCCAAGCGCGCCUGGCCCUCAGACACGGAGAUCAUUGUCAACCAGGCCUGUGGGGGGGACAUGCCUGCCUUGGAAGGGGCAUCCCACACCCCACCCCUGCCCCGCCGGCCCCGAAAGGGCAGUGCUGAGCUGAGCUUCCCUCGGGUGGCGCCGGACGAGGUCAUCGUGAACCAGUAUGUGCUGCGGCCCAGCUCGGCAGCCCCAGUGGCCCCUUCGGUGGCAGGGGGCGAGCCCCUGGAGUGCCCCACCUGUGGGCACACUUACAAUGCCACCCAGCGGCGGCCCCGAGUGCUGUCCUGUCUGCACUCCGUGUGUGAGCAGUGCCUGCAAAUCCUCUACGAGUCCUGCCCCAAGUACAAGUUCAUCUCCUGCCCCACCUGCCACCGCGAGACAGUGCUCUUCACUGACUAUGGCCUGGCCGCACUGGCUGUCAACACGUCCAUCCUGAGCCGCUUGCCCCAGGAGGCGCUGACCGCCCCAACCGGCGGCCAGUGGGGUGGCGAGCCCGAGGGCAGCUGUUACCAGACCUUCCGGCAGUAUUGCGGGGCUGCGUGUACCUGUCACGUGCGGAACCCUCUCUCUGCCUGCUCCAUCAUGUAGCUGCUGCCAGCCCUCACACAGCUUCUCCAGGGACCCACCCGCCCGCUGACCCCUUCAUGCCCACCACAGAUUCUGUCCCACCCCAAGUGGUACUGUCGCUGCAGCCAACUCUGCCAUUAAAACUCUUUGCCAAAGUC